CACACACAAAGUUUAUAACCGUCACACAUUUCAAUUGUUUUUCGUGUGAAAUUAUUCAAAGAAAAAAUGGCCAAUAUUUUGACCGAUAUCAAUAAUAUCGAACAACAACAACAACAACAAAAUCAAAAUCAAAAUUUACGAAAUGAAAAAAAUUCUAAUGAUGAUGGUGAUACGAAAUCAAUCAAAUCUGUUGACCAAGAUGAACAACAUCAACAAUCGAAUAAUAAUGAUAAAAUGAAACAAUGGACAUUGAAUGAUUUUGAAAUUGGCCGUCUACUUGGUAAAGGAAAAUUUGGUAAUGUUUAUUCGGCACGUGAAAAACGAAGUAAAUAUAUUGUUGCAUUGAAAAUUCUAUUCAAAUCACAAUUAUUGCAUAAUAAUGUUACACAUCAAUUACGGCGUGAAAUUGAAAUACAAUCACAUCUGAAACAUCCAAAUAUUUUACGAUUAUUUGGCUAUUUUCAUGAUGAUUAUCGUAUUUAUUUGAUAUUGGAAUAUGCACCAAAAGGUGAAUUGUAUACAUUAUUGACUAAAAUGGGAAAAUUUCCAGAAAUACAAGCAUCAAUGUAUAUAUCACAAGUGAUUGAAGCAUUACAUUGUCUACAUCAACGUAAUGUUAUACAUCGUGAUUUAAAACCGGAAAAUAUAUUGCUUGGUUCCAAUGGCCAGGUAAAAAUUGCUGAUUUUGGUUGGUCAGUACAUGCACCAUCAUCACGUCGUGAAACAAUGUGUGGUACAUUGGAUUAUCUUCCACCGGAAAUGAUAUUACAACGACCAUAUAAUCAUUAUGUGGAUCUUUGGUGUUUAGGUGUAUUAGCAUAUGAAUUUAUUGUUGGCCGGCCACCAUUUGAAACGAAAAAUUCAUUUGAAACAUAUCGUCGUAUUAUAACAUUAUCAUAUGAUAUACCGAAUCAUUUGAGUGAUGAGGCAAAAAAUUUUAUUCAAAGGUUGAUUGUCAAAGAACCAGUACGACGAAUGUCAUUGGCGGAAGCACGUCAUCAUCGUUGGAUUAAAAUGUUUCAACAACAACAACAACAACCACAACAGCAGCAGCAGCGGCAGUGCAACAACAAAAUCAUUCAAAAUCGAACAACAUCAAUCAAUAAUCAACAAUAAUGAUAAUUUGAUUAAUUUUUUUUCGACUACAUUUGACUCAUUUCAUGGACGAAUGAAUUGAUUGAAAUUUGUUUGUUCAAUCAAACCAUUGUGUGUUUUGUAUAUGAUUUAUCAAUUUCUAUUAUU